GGGUGUGCUCUUUUGGUGUUCUGGUAGUGUUAUACUUGCUAUAUAUAGAUUCUCAUGAGCUGUGCCCCAUGGUGGUGGUGGUUGACCUUGGCACCUGCGUGUGCCACUUCUGCGCGGUCGGGGAAGACGACGGAGAGGCAACGGAGGUGCUGUCCUGUCACACUGAGCCGGCGCGAGAGUUGGAGACCUGGGAUGCAAUUGAGAAGACUUGGCAUCGCAUUUUCUACAACGAGCUCCGCCUAGCUCCCGAACAGAACCCUGUCCUUUUGACAGAGCCACCCUUGGCGCCAAAAGCAUACCGCGAGAAGAUGACGCAGAUCAUGUUUGAAACCUUCAAUGUACCAGCCAUGUACAUGGCCACCGGUGCCGUUUGGUCGCUCUACUCCUCGGGACGCACCACGGGUUUGGUGCUGGACUCGGGCCACAGCGCGACCUGGGCAAUUCCCAUCUACGAGGGCAUUUGUGUCACCUAUGCAAUCCAAAAGUCGGAGCUGGCUGGUAAGGCGCUGACCAAAGAGCUGAUUGAGAUGUUGCAGCAGGAGGGGUAUUCCUUCCCUAGCCUGGACGAACGAGAGAUCUUGCAACUUGUGAAAGAGCAGCUUUGUUGUGUUGCCCCAGACCCAGCAGGGCCCGGCUGCACGAGCGAGGAGGCUUUGUAUCAGAUGCCAGAUGGCACCAUACUGGUGUUGCGCUCUUCCAUGCGCGUGCGUUGCACCGAGCGACUCUUUGAGAAGGACCAUGGGCUUCCAAGCUUGCUGUGGAGAUCGAUCACAAUGGCAGAUGUGGACAUUCGGCAGGAGCUUUUGGCCAAUGUGGUUCUUUCCGGUGGAAGCACUUUAUUCCCGGGCUUUCCCCAGCGCUUGUGCUCCGAGCUUGGUGCACUGGCGCAGACGAGCUCCGUUUCCGUGGUGGCACUGGCGGAACGUGACCGAAGCGCCGUGCGGGGUGGAGUGAUGGUGGCCUUAGCGAUCUGGAACAUGCGGAAGAUGUGGAUGUCAAGUGAGGAGUACUGGGAGAUUGGCCCCACUUUGGUGCACGAGAGGUGUCUUUGAGAUGUGGUGCAGCCUGCAGUUGGUCAGGCGCUCUUUGCGCCUGCAGUCCGAAUCACCAACACGGAAGUGGAGAACCACUUGUUUCGGACAAUUGCGUUCCUUUUGGAGCCAUGCCAUCCACCUCCAUUACCUCAGGAAGUGUAUAGUCAGGCUCUUUCCAGGCACUUUCCCGCACUGCGGCACCUGCUCAUGGCUCACUGGACACUUCGGAAUGAAGAGCUGUGCGGAUGUGGACCCAGCACGAGCUCGGAGCCUGGCACGAGCUCGGAGCCUGGAAGCUUCCUCGGUGACGAGCAGCUUCGAGCUGGUUGGCGAGCCUUUGGGGUCAGAAAGCGAGAGCGCGUCAGCCACGAAGGCCAGAAUCUCAGCUCUCGGAAUCUGAAGGAGGGCACGAGAGAGGGCGAAAAUGACUCCAAUCCAGACGUUGAGAGGAAGGAACAUUGAAACUCAAGAGUUUCCUUCGACCUGAGCUGUGCACAUCGUAUCACUGGUUUCGAGCUUGAUGAUCGUGCCUAGCUUGGCUCAUGUGCUCAUGACUCGUGACGCC